UCCCACUUUCUACUUGAUGAUUGAAUCAUCGAAGUGUUGACUGAUCGUAAAAUUGAAAGAAAUUGGACUAUUUUUGUACCUAAAUUAGUUCUCCUAAUUAUUUUUGCAUAAUACGAAAAUGUCGCGACCGGGAGACAGACCGAACCAAGCACAAACGUACAAACUUGUGGUAGUAGGCGGUGGUGGUGUUGGAAAAAGUGCAAUUACAAUACAAUUUAUUCAGAGUUAUUUUGUGACUGACUAUGACCCUACUAUUGAAGACAGCUAUACAAAGCAGUGUGUCAUUGAUGAUAUACCAGCAAAACUGGACAUUCUGGACACAGCGGGCCAAGAAGAGUUUAGUGCGAUGCGUGAACAGUACAUGAGGUCGGGCGAAGGUUUCUUGCUCGUCUUCUCAGUGGCCGACCACGCCAGCUUCGACGAGUUGUACAAGUUCCACAAACAGAUCCUACGUGUUAAGGAUCGAGAUGAAUUCCCCAUGCUGAUGGUCGGGAAUAAAGCUGAUUUGGAAAUGCAACGAGUGGUGUCGCUAGAAGAGGCGCAGGCGCUGUCGCGACAGCUCAAAGUUCCGUACAUAGAGUGCAGUGCGAAAGCACGCAUGAACGUCGACCAAGCUUUCCAUGAGCUGGUCCGCCUCGUGAGACGGUUCCAGGAAGCGGAGAGGAUAAACAUCAAAGCGGAGAGGAGUCACAAGAAGAAAAACUGCACGAUUUUGUAACAGGAGGAAGCAGAACUGUUGGUGAGGCUGCCUUGAUUUGUAGACUAACGCCCGUAUUCACAAACAUUACCAUGAGGUCUCACAGUGCGCGUGGACGCACAGAGUGACACACGAACCAAUAACAGAACUCUAAUUAACGCUGUGCGUUCGAUUUGCUGCUUCACUUAAGCAGCAUCGUUUGUGAAUAUGGGCGUACAACAUUUUGAAGAUAAUUCAGUUUAUUGUCUCAAGAAAAUGUAAAAUUCGACUUUGUAUGCUAAUAUCAAGUUACGGACAAAACUAUGAAAUCUAAAACAGCUAGGGACUGGAAUUCGCUGCCUGCUGCUGUCUUUCCCGAAGACUAUAAUCCGGGCCUUUUCAAGGCGAGAGUGAAUAGGCACUUACAGGGCAGAUAUGUACCAUCCUGGACUGCAUCCCACUUAACGUCAGGUGCGAUUGUGGUCAAAUACCUGCCUUGUUAUGCAUAAAUAAAAAUUGUGAAGUGAAUAAACAAUGUUGAGUCGAGUUUUGACUGAAUUUGAUAUUAGAACCAUCACAAAUUACUGCAAUACGACAGGGUUAUGUUUGCCUGAGGAUGUUUUUUUAUAAUGUUUCAAUAAUCUGUAACUACAGUUGACAUAAGUAACCGUUUUUAGCAAUAAUUUUUGGAAAUUAAGGAAUUAAACAUUCCUAACUUCUUUGUAAAACUGAAUGUAUUGUAAAUGAUUACGUUUUUGAAUCAAGGCAACCUUUCAAAGGUUGAAUGAAUGAAUUCCGCUCUAAUUCGGGAAUAAGAUAGGUACCAAGGUUAUUCAGUCAGUAUCAUAUUCCCGAUCGUAAUAUUUAUCACAAUAUUUAUUUUAGUUUUUUAAGUUUUGUUUUAAAUCUUUGAAAUGAACAAGGCUCCAAAAAAACAAAUAAAUUCUUGUUUUUUUUUCGAUCACUGUUCGUUCUGCAAAGAUAUUAUCAGAGUUCGUAUUUUUCUAUCUUUUUUUUCGUCUUAAUAUUAUGUGAUAAGGUAUUUAUUUUUAUUUUCUUUUUCCUAAGUUAUCCUAAGUUUAGUUCUUCUUAUUUCUUGUUGAUGACAAGCUGCGCAAAUAGGUCGUGUAAAAUAGAUUAUACAUUAUUUUAUUUUAUAAAGCGAUUGUUGCUAUGUUUUCGUUUCUAGCACUUAUAAGUGGUGCCAUAUUCAAACUGUAAUUAACACCAAAUAGGCAUGAUUUUAUAAUCUUAUUGUUAUUUCUUCAACUUCCGAGUACAUAGAGUUUGGUCAUAUUAAAAACUAUUCCGUUUUUGUUGAUUAAAUUAAUUAGUCUAAAGCAUAAAAUACAUUUUGAUGUUUGCCUCAUUGCAAUGUGAAGUACAAGAUCAUUUUAUUUGAAAAUACGUUUGAAUAAGUUACAAAAAAAAUAAUUAAAAAAUUUGAAUGUACUAAAAUGUAAAAGUAUGUACAAUUUACAUAAAUGUAUGUUAUUAACUGUACAAGAACAAUAUUAUAAUAAGUAACGGCGCGUUCUCGAUCAAAUCUAAGGAAUUCUAUGAAUGGAUAAUUAUUUAAUUUAAUUUAUUUAAACCCAGUAGUUAACCCCGAAAUACGUUUAAACAGUUUUUUUAAGUCUUAAAGUUCUCGGUCGCCCAGGUACUAAAAUUAGUGAACGUCAUAAAAGCCUGGUAGCAGGAUCCAUAGGCAGCUCUUCGUAAAUUUAUCGGGUGAGCUGUCAAUUUUUUCAAAGUUCUGACGGUAAAAAUAAAAGUGGUUUGAUUUUUAAGAAAUUGAAAUAAUAUCGGAGAAUCAUCAAGAAAACCUAUAACUUUAAUAUCACAUUUCUCUUCUUUCUUAAAAAAAUAUCUUGAUUUAUUAAAAGUCUAACUAAGAUGUGUAAAGAAUAAGAAGUGUAAAAACCAAAUACUAAUUUGUAUUUUUGUUUGAUAUUUUCUAAAAUUAGUUAAGCGUAAUAAUACUGUAACUUCGAAAUGGAUAAACAGUGUUUAGUCUACCAUAGACUACGAGAUUUAACUUAAAAAUACCAGUGCAGUGUACCCUAUACGGUACAGUACAGUUUGUGGAAUUUACAUGUGUUAAUACGCAUAAUAUUGGAUAUUUUAUAGCCUGUGUCAAUAGACUCAUCAUCAUCAAUAAGCAGAUGAAUUAUACUGUCUCAGUCAGUGGUAUGUAGAUUAUUUCACUGUGCAAUCAAAGACAAGUUUGAGCGCGUCACUAGGGGCAUAGACAAUUCAGUAUCAAUGUUCGGGAGAGAUUGAUUUUGUCUAUUGGCAUGGACUAUACAAUAUUGUAAUAACAUGGUAGGAAAUGUUUUUAUUAUGGUGCUGAAAAUUACGUUUCAACUUUUCAUUGAAUAUUAUCAUGUUUACACAGUUAUAAAUAUUAUAAUACUGAAUAUUGUAGAUGUUAAAAUAGUACAUUCAAAUCAGCCCCAACGACCAAUGCAAAAUGAAUCUUAUGGAUUCCACAUAAGCUUGAUUUCGCAUGAUUAAUAUGCUAUAAGUAGGAAGGUGGUAAUUUUAGCAUAUUUAAACCAAUAAUCAUAAUUUAUUUUAUUAAUAUAUCUUUUUUUGUCAUUUAGGAGUACAUACUGUAUUUAACAUAUUGCUAAAACUAUAUCAUAGUGAAAAAUGGACGGGCAACUUUACAUGUUAUUUUUUAGAAAGAGAUAUACUAUAUUAUAUUUUUAUAUCGUAGUAUUGGUUUGUACGCAUUUUUUGCUAAGCAGAAACAUUCGUUGGUGCACCCUUUUUGAUACAUGUUUACAAUUAUUUGAUAAAUUAGCUUUUAAAGUAAGAGAGAAGAUUAUAGUUUUAACAGCUUUAGAUAUUUCAUAUGUACAUACUGUUUUUUUAAUAAACGUACGAUCACCAGGUACGUAUUCAUGAAUUAGCGAGUUUAUAUUUAUUAAUAUAGGGGUUAGAAUCGAUUGGAGACAUUGUUAUUUCGUGGUAGCUUGAUGCUUCCGCCUUCCAAAGUACCAAACACACCACUGUGUUUAGACUAGCUUGAUGUGCUGUCAUCCGUACAUUGAAAAUUAAACUUGUAUAUCUGAUUCAGUGUAUGAGGUAUGAGAGCAGCACGGGAGGGUUGACAUUGACAUAUUAUGACGUGACAGAGCAUAUAAAUCUGAAGCAGGCCUGUUCAUCUCAGCGAGUUUACAUCGAAAACAAAACACGCACGAUGGCCCACCUACAGGAUACUAUUCGACAAGGCCUCACAUACGAGCGAACAUUGACUCACGCACGCGUAUUCUUGUGUAUGAUGGAAGAAAAUAAAGAAAAUGGUGUUCUAAAUACUGUGCAGUAUUUAACUGCCUAAAUAAUAAUAAAAACGCAGAAUGUACUUUUUUAAGUUGCCUCAAGACACUGAGAGGUAAAUAUGUAGUUAAUAUUAUUCAUGAUAAUUCAUGCUAAAUCAUGUAUUUCUUCCGCCAUUUUCCGCAGUUUGGCACCUCACGUCACAUCAUUUUACCGAAGUCAGCCGGCGCAGUGCCGAUCACUGACGUUUGUCAACAAAAUGGUGCUUGACUCUUGAGACAGGCUAAAUUACACCAUAUUGUUAAUGACAUUGAGCAUACAUUUUUUUAAAUACCUUCGCGAAGUAAACCUGUACGUAGUACUUAUUACUAUUCUGUGUCUGAAGCAAAAAUACGUCUCGCUGACGAUUGACGUCACCCUCCCGUGGCGCUUCCAUGCCUCAGGCACUGAUUUAGUUAACGCUAGACCUAACCUAUGAUGUAAGUAUGGAAUCACCUCGUUGUGUUCUAAGCCAUCUUAAGAACUGAAUGACUAUGUAUGUACCUAUAGCAGCGGUUCCCGAAAGGUGGUCCGCGGAACCCUGGGGUUCCGUGGAAAGGCCGCAAGGGUUCCGUAAAAAAUAUUAUCCCACGUUUCGUGACCGACGUUGUUCGCUCGCACCGACUUGUUUACGCACAAGGGAGGGGCAGGGCGUGCGGGCGGAGUAGUACGGGGGUUCCGCUAGGAAAAGUAUAAUCAGUUAGGGUUCCUUGGCAAAAAAAAAAAUUGGGAAACCCUGAUCUAUAGUAUCAAUUUAAAGUAUAACCUUUAAAAUGGUACCAUUUUUAUUUAUCUUCUAUUAGUCAUUUAGUUCUUACGAUCGCUCGGUACAAGUAGGCUGAUUCCAUACUUUUGCUCGCGAGUGUACAUUCACAUUUGU